UGCUAACUCCUGAACUGCUGAAGCGACGGUCAAGAUCCAAAGUCAAACAUGUCCGUUUGUCAAACCCGUCUGGCCUCUCAGCUGAUCGGAGAACAUUUUGGUGAUAUCGUUGAGAAAGUCUGUACCCAUCUCAUUAGAAAUGGACCCAAACCUCUACGUGUUAUUGCUCAGGAAACGGGACUUAUCAAUGAUCAGGUGCGUAAAGCUCUGUGUGUUCUCAUCCAGCACAACAUGGUCUCGUUUACUCUACACAAACGAGGCUUCGUGGAAUACUCUGCCAGUAUUGAUCCAGUUCUACUCCUGGUGCGCUAUCCCCGCUUCAUCCAUUGUGCCAAGACAUUAUACGGAGAUGCAGGGGAGUUGAUCAUCGAGGAGAUACUUCAGCAUGGUCGGAUGAUGAUGAGUAAAGUGGUCAGACAGGUUACUCAAAGACUCUCAGAGGGAGGACAAUCAGUGAGUUCAUCUCAUGUCGAGACUCAGAUGAAUGAUCUAAUCAACACACACUUCCUACAGAGGGUGCCUACCGCUAAGAACGAUGAUGCCGCUGCAAUCAUUCCUGAACUACAAAUAAGUCAAGAGAACCUCUAUAGGAUACCAGCAAGCAUUGAAAUACAGACGGCCAACGUUGCAAAACGGAAAAGGUCAACAGAGCAGGAUGACUCCGAUAGGACGGCUAAGAGACUGAAAACUGACACAGAGACUGCUGAUGAUGAUGGAAUCUUUUGGCGUUUAGACUUCCACAAGUUCCACCAGUACCUUCAAGAUCACGAAGUGACCCAAGCCAUCAGUCGAAGAAUAGAUUGGAAUGCGGCAGAAGUGGUACGUACAAUGCUAAGACUGAAUGAGUUAUCUGAUAGUUCAACUGAAGAUGUGUCCAAACCGAUCUCUCUCAACGAUAUUAUGAGAAGUUUACCCAAAGAGAACCAGAUGAAGUUUGGGGUCGUAGAACAGUAUCUCAAACUACUCGCAGAAGAUCAGAACGAAAUGAUAACAAAGACUGGAGAAAUGGGAGGAGGAACAUACACCAUUGACUUUCAGCAAUCCUGUCGUGCAUUAGCAAUAUCUACCAUCGAAUCGAUUGUACUUGAACGUUUUGGCUCCAAGAGCUCCCGCAUAUUCAAGACGCUGCUGCUGAAGAAAUAUCUGGAGCAGAAACAGGUGGAAGAAUUUGCCCUUAUUCCUGCCAAAGAAGCCAAGGAGCUACUCUACAAGAUGUUCUCAGAGCAUUUCGUCUCUAUGCAAGAAAUCCCCCGCACCCCAGACCAUGCGCCGUCUCGUACCUUCUAUCUAUUCACAGUAGAGAUUACUCAACUCAGCAGGAUGGUACUGGAACACUGCUACAAAUCACUCGCUAACCUCAUGAGUAGGAGGGCAUUUGAGACAAAGGAAAACAAACGUUUGAUUGAGAAGUCACAGCGGGUCGAGGCCAUUGCCGCCUCUUUACAAAACCACGGCGCUGACCAAGCUCAGACGGCCGAAGUUGAAGAUAUGAUUACACCAUUAGAGAAAAAUCAACUGGAGAAAUACCGCAAUAAAAUGUCAAAGUUGGCACAGAGUGAACUUCAAGUGGACUGUACCAUCUUUACCUUGAGUAACAGCAUUCGACUAGCGAGCAGGUGAAGAAGACACCAUCC